AUUAUAACUAUCGGUUGAAUUCGAACUGAGUGAGGUUCAAUUUCAGUUGAAAUCUACAGCACAACUUUGCAAAUCUUUUGAAGUAUUUUACUUUGCAACAAAACAAGAAUCUUUAGAAAUGGCUCAUCCAAUCCCUAAACCAUUCAAAUGGAGCAACGAAUUCGAAGUUUUCUAUGCCAACUUGGACGACGAACACCGUGGUCUCUUCGACGGAAUCUUUGCUUGUGGUGAGGCUAACACUGCUGAGAACUAUGGAGCUCUUGUCGAAAAAGUCAAGACUCAUUUCGCCAACGAGGAAAAAAUGAUGAGCUCUUCCAACUACGCUAACUUUGCUACCCAUAAACAGGCUCAUGAUGAAUUUGUUGGAAAAUGUGGUGGACUUUCUGCUCCUUUGUCUGAUGAUAAUCUCAUCUACUUGCAACAAUGGCUCGUUGACCACAUCAAGGGCAUCGACUUCAAGUACAAAGGCAAAUUGAACUAGACGAUUGAACAAGAACAAGAUUGAAGAGAUAAUGUUAUUAUAACAUUAGUGUUUUUUUUCUUUGAGAUAGAUAGAUUUAUCUGCAGUUUAAAAAAAAAUUAUAGCAUUAUCUUCGUAUUACUACAGUACUAUACUGAAUAGUGUUUGUCUUUUGUAUUAAUUAUUAUUUUCAAUGAAUAAACAUUGAGGGAAAAUGGUAGAG